AUGACAGUAUCGUCCUUGGGGGACUUCAAUGUUGUUCUUGGAGCACACGAGAAAUUUGGUGGCAAGCUUCCAAAAUUGGACAGAUUCUACUCAAUAUCUGGGGAUCCGUUUCGAAGAAUUCGUGAAUAUAACGUUGAAAACUCAACACAAGAAGCCACGCCCAUACCCCAUGACCUCUCACCGAAUGCUUCCAAGGCUCUCCGAAGAGCAGUGGUUCAUACUCAUGGCGGACCUUCUCCACCACUCUCCUUCAUUCUUCAAACCGCCCCAAAACUCAACCAUCUUCGCCAUCGGAGACUCAAGAAUCGAAACACCUCACAUCCUUUUUGGUUCCUCAAAACCCUCCUCCUCUACCAUACCACCACCUACAACCCCUUCUCCUUCCACGACCUCCUCAACAUGUCCCAAGGAACCUGCCUCACAACUCUCCUUCGCCACAAAAACAUCUCCCUCACCAAAGUUGACCGUGCACGAAACUCCGUCGAGAUUAACAACGUAGGAAGAAACAGCAGAGAGUUGUACUGUAUGGAUAGAGAGAUCGGGGACGUUGGAAAUGGCCUGAAAUCAGAACGCAGUUUAGCAGUAAAGCAGAAAGCAUGCACGACUCUCGUCACACGUCGCAUUCUGGUGUGA